AUGGCUAACAGGAAGGGGAUGACAGGUAAGAGUAUUAUUGGCGGGGUGGGGGGUGCAGUGUUAACAGGGAUGGCGCUGUUGAUAUGGAGCGUGACGGGAAGGUCCGAUGAGAGCUGGUGCUCGCUCGAUCCCACCAGAAAAAGACCGCGAGUCGGGGAGGAUUACACCCCAACCUCCACCCAACUGCGUGCAUUGCUCCACUACGCCACCUCCCCCCAUAUACCUCAACAGUCCCUUGCUGAGAUUACCCUCACCUUCCGUGUUCUCAAAUCCAUGGCUCGCCCCUCCAACAUUCUGGUGUUCGGCCUCGGUCACGACUCUCUUAUGUGGGACUCUUUCAAUUCGGGUGGCACCACCCUCUUCCUAGAGGAAGACCCUAAAUGGGUGCAAAUGGUGCUGAAGGACGCUCCUGGCCUCCGCGCCCACACCCUCCAGUAUCAUACCCCACUCCGCCAAGCCGGCCCUCUCCUCUCCUCCUAUCGCUCUGAGCCUGCAUGUUCCCCCUCCCUCCCCUACCUCCGCGGCAACCAUCGUUGUAAGCUCGCUCUUAGCAAUCUCCCCGAUGAGGUCUACGAUCAAGACUGGGACUUGAUAAUCAUUGACACUCCCGGCCGGAUGGCUGCCAUCUUUUCUGCUGCUGUCAUGGCCCGUACCCGCAGGGCCUCUGGCGCCACCCAUAUCGUCCUCCACGACGUUGAUCGCGAGGCUGUCAAGGUUUACGCCUACGAGUUCCUUUGUAGCUACAACUUGGUCAAUGCUGUUGGCAAGCUUUGGCAUUUUCAGAUCCCCCCUAACCUCGCCCAUCACCCCCCUCCAUCCCGUUUUUGCUAG